AUGAAUAUAGUUGGUGAUGCUGCGGUGUCUGACCGCAAUAACGAAAUCAGGACAACCGGAAGCAUGGGCUCUGGCAGUCUUUCUGAAAAUGGCUCUGUGGAAAAAACGAUGAGUACUACUGCGAGCUCGAACAGGGGUGAUGCUGAAAAAGACCCGGGAGUCAAGGUGCCUUUGAACGGAUCAAAUUAUGGGGUGGCUAGUGGCCGAGAUCUUUCACAGAUGGAAGUGCUGGAUAAGGAAUAUCAGGCUAUCCGGAAUGGCUAUCAUCUAGAGGAAAACACCCAGAGGGGAGACAGACCACAUUCUGCGCCAAUUUCAACCCAGCGUCGACUGAGUUUAGUAAAUACCGUCAAGGAUGUUGAAUUUGCAACUGCAAUGGUAUCCCAACCCUAUGGCGAUAGGCCGGCCCUCCAGGCGGUGCAACCUGCAGAUACAGGAAUCCGCUCUACGAAGCGGAUUGAUGCAAGCCAACAGUCCCCUUCGAGCCACGAUCGUGAAAAGGACAAAAUCCUCAAACUGUCUCCUGCGAAAAUUCAUGAACUCACCUCCUCACCACAAUCUAUACCCCUACACUCCAUCCCGCUAGAGCCAGACAAAGAACAGCGAACUUCAGGUUCUCCAAUACCCUCGGGUCCAUUAGCUAUCGGCGCAAGCCCAGAAACGUCGACGGGUGUACGGGUUGUGAAUGGUUCUUCAAAACGAAUAAAAUCUCCCAAGCGCAAACUGAGCGCUGGCAAAAAUGUCCAUUUAGAGGAUGCUCCCGACUUUCUCACCUCACAUCAAAUCGCCCGUCCAUUCUCUUCUCGUCGGAAGUGCAACUCGGCCCGAGCUGUGUCAGUCACUGACGGCUUCCAGAACCGGCGAUCCUCCCCAAGGCCGGACCGUAUUGACACCGCUAGAAGUCGCGUAUCUUCCUCAUCGGCGCCAGAUCUAUUCUCUUCUCCCGUACCCCAAUCCAUCCCACUUCCUCCCUUCUCUAUCUCCACAUAUCUCCAGCUAGAACUGGCCUCUGAUCGGCCCUCGCCAUUAUACAUUCACCGCUCCACCAAGAACGAUUUCCCUUACGAGUCCUCGAGCGCGAAACUUGAACGGCUUCAAAACUUUUUCCUUCUACCACCUGCUCUAGAGCGGGUUCUUUUCUUUGGUACUCUUGCAUGUAUCGAUGCGUGGCUUUAUUACUUUACGAUCCUGCCAUUGCGAUUUCUCAAGUCUAUUUUUCUUCUUCUUCGGUCUUGGGCUAUCAAUGUUGGAGCCGAGGCGCAGUUCAUUUCGCGAUUUAUUAUUACCGGACUUGGUAGGGUAUGGCGGCGGAGACACCAAGGGAAGCCGGCUGUUUCUGGGAACGCACACGAUCAAAAGAUCAAAUUGGGCUCUGCUCAGUCGCGGCCUGACCUUUCGAAUAGUGUUUCUACAGAUCAAGACAGCCCCUUCCUUGACGAUAAUGUUAAGAAUCGGGCGUCUGAAAAUGAUCGGCGAACCCAGGUGGCUUCCAGCCGAGGCCAUCGCAGGGUUAGGUCUAUUCCCUCGACACUUUUGCCAAACGAUAAGGCCGAUAUUUUGAAGGGAUUCCUCAUGAUUUGCACGUGCCUGAUUCUAAUGUAUUUCGAUGCCAGCCGGGUGUAUCACUGGAUUCGCGGUCAAGCCGCUAUUAAACUUUACGUUAUUUAUAAUGUACUUGAGGUUGGCGACAGACUUCUAUCAGCCAUUGGCCAGGAUGUCCUCGAAUGUCUAUUUUCACGCGAAGCUCUUGAGAGAAAACCCGAUGGCCGCAGCAAGAUUCUCCGCCCAUUUUGGCUUUUUAUCAUCGCCCUGAUAUAUACCGUUAUACAUUCUGCCGCACUUUUCUAUCAGGUCAUCACACUUAAUGUGGCGGUGAAUUCAUAUUCAAAUGCACUGAUUACUCUCCUAUUGUCGAACCAAUUUGUAGAAAUUAAAUCCACUGUCUUCAAAAAAUUCGAAAAGGAGAAUCUCUUCCAACUCACCUGUGCCGACGUGGUUGAGCGGUUUCAACUCUGGUUGAUGCUUACAAUUAUUGCGUCUCGAAAUAUUGUUGAAACUGGUAUCUUUAGCUUUGGCAGUGGUUUGAGCCUAUUUGCUGGUAGCAAGCCGGCUGCGAACGCGAAUGCUACAUCAGUUUUCAACACCCAGCGAGCCACAUCAUCCAUUCUUCCACAAGCCUUCACCAUCCUCCCGUCAUCUCUCCUCUCUUCGCUUAGCAAGGUGAACUCAUUCCUCCCAACGAUCGGUCACCUUCUGGGGCCUUUCCUCGUUGUCUUAGGUUCUGAGAUGCUAGUCGACUGGUUGAAGCAUGCCUACAUCAAUAAAUUCAACAAUACCCGUCCCGCGAUGUACGGCCGAUUCCUCGACAUACUAGCCAAGGACUACUACACAAAUGCCUUCGCAGAUCAGAAUCUUAACCGCCGCUUAGGCCUACCUGUCAUUCCGCUCGCUUGCCUCUUCUUCCGCGUCUCCAUCCAAACAUACCAGAUGUUCCUAACCUCCUGGUUGCCACAGACACAAUCCUUCGUCGCGCCGUCAAACACCACGUCCCUGACGUCAAUCCACGACCAUUACUCCCCAUCCCCGUCACCCUCUCCCCCGUUUAUUCUCCCCCUCUACCCUCUCGAUGCCAGCCUCUUCACUAAAGUCUCCUCACUAUUCCAAACGAUGAUAGCCCACACCACCCCGUCUCCUGCAUCCUUCAUCCCAAUUUUCACCAUCAUCCUCGUCCUCAUCUUAUACCUCACCCUCCUCUUCACAAAACUCAUCCUCAGCAUAAUCCUUCUCAGCUACGCCCGCGCCCGCUAUAAGAAAAUGAAAUCCCGAGAACGGGAGAUAUCCACGAAUCCCACCUCGUCCAAACUAUCAGCAAACCAAUCCACCGCGACUAUAUCAACACCAGCACCAUCACCACAGCGAGAGCCCUCCAACUCCCAAACUACAACAGCGUCGAAUCCUGACUUCGUCGAGGGUGCUCGCCGCGUCGGCGGUUGGGGUGCUGUGGAGGUGGGCGAGGAUCGUAGAAGGUGGAUAUAUGCCGAUGACCCAGAAGGUGCAAGGCGAUUGAGAGAAAAAGAGGAGCGGGAUAGAGUUGGGAAGCCUAGUAGUAGUGCUGGAGGUGAUGGGAUUGAAAAGGUGAUGAGAUAUGAGAUGGCGGCGAAGAGGAUUUGGUGA